AUGAAUGGGCACCGGCCGCCGACCAACGGAGAAUACCACAUGUCGAAUGGCAUCCAGCGAGAUGGCGCAAGUUCUGCCUCGCAGGAUAUAGCCCCUAAGGGAGAAAGACUACCUCAGAAACCGUCCGUAGCCUUCUCCGAUCAUGAGCAAGGACACACCAAUGGCCGGCCGAGCGACAUUCCCUUACGUCACUCCACACCCCCUCACGCUCCCGCGAGUCGCUCCCAACAACCUCCGCUAGAAAUCCUUCAAUUGAUAUCCAAGGACAGUUACCUACCUCUUGCUGCUCUUGUAGGCCGCUCUGCACAAUCAUGCUGGAACAGUCUUUCCAUAUUGCUCGAAGAGUUAGCAUCCAUCCAUGUCUCCGACCACGUUGGCGAAUCCUCUAAGCCACCUCCAAGUGGUCAGACAAACAACCAAUCAAAGGCAAACCUAGAAAAGAAAGACAAGUUACUGCAGUUCGCAAAUGAACAAAAGGCCAAUUUCAUCAAGCUGCUAGUUCUCCUCCAAUGGAGCAGAGAUGUCGACGAUGUCAGCAAGACCAUCUCCAUCAACUAUUGGCUCAUGACCCGCCGGCAGGCUUACUGGGAUGUUAUCGCGUCACUGGCGCUCAUCAAGCAGGAUUCUGCAGGUUUCCAAGUGCCCAAUCCCGACCUGAAAACCGCCGCCGAGAUCCUCUCGAAAGGAAAAACGGUUGAGAUGCCGACACUUGGAUACAUUCCGCAAAGGGAUCUUUCAAGCAAGCAGAUGCUCCAUGUUUUAAAGUCGCUCAAUCAGUUGUUGAGCAUCAGGUUAGCCAUGUCCGACAAUCUGCCUCCACCUCUACAGAAUUUCCACAUCCACGAUGGUCGAGCCACUUUCGUUAUCCCGAAUGAGUUUGAGAUGGAUGUGUCAGUCCUUGACAACAGCCCCGGCUCUCAAUUUCGAAUGGUCGACUUUCGCUUUGCCUUCACCCCGGCGCCAAGCAUAUCAGAUGGCAUGCGAAGUGAAAUUGAAAACUUUGCAAACUCCAACAUCGAACGGGAUGGGCUUCCGGGGUGCUACCUCUUCUUACAGGAGUUAAUUCUCUCCUAUAAGUUGGCGGAACACUACAAGCAAGCCAUAGAGCUUACGCGAACCCAGUGGGCCGGAAACUUGCGCGUCGAGCUGAUUCGACGGACACUAGUCGUUCAGUACUGGUCCAAAAGGCAGACAGCAAAGAGCUGGGUUGAGAUCGGCAUAGCGAGUGGUCAUGACAAGUCGCAAAAUUCGGAAAAUCUGCCACACUUAGAUGUGAGGUGGAUCAGGUACGGUCAGCUGAUUGCUUCCCCGAUGCUUUCAACAACCCAAUCGGUUCUUAAUCUCGAGGAAAUACUCCGCCAGGUGGUCGCUCAAGACUCAACCCUGCUCCUUGACGAUAUUUACGAUAACCUCAACUCCACGCCUCUUUUUGCCAACGGCGACUUGUCAUUGGAACAAAGUAUCUCAGCUACAUGUCCCGAAGAAUGCGCUUUGACAAUACAGCUUUCCCACUCUUCACAGAUCGAUCUGGGGAUUGAUUGGGUGACAGGAUCGUUCGUCAUAAGCCCUGUCACCGAAAGGAGCGAAAGACUUCAGUACGAGAUCAACAGAGCCCAUGGUGUUGGCGGUGAGAUUGUCUCAAAGCUACUAAACUUCAGAUGCAGCGUCUCCGAAUCAGCCAUCAGUGCGGCGAUGUUAGCAACCAAUUGGGAAGUGUUACGUACUUUCAGGUUCAGCCAGUCGGAGAUCAAAUCCUUGUUUGGCGGCCCUGUCGCAAGGCUCAAUUCGUUUCGCAAGCCCCGUUGGAGCUCGGACUAUUUCGUUACGAUAUCACACACCCACAAUGGAGACCAAUGGUGGUUAAUGCACCGGACAAAGUUUAUCGGUUCAAGUGGUCAAGGCCAGUUUCAAGUCGUCCGGAGUCAGCAGAUGAAAGUUACGCACAAACUAAGCCCUGCAUACUUCGACCGAUUAUCUGAGUACACCACAGGCGUCAUCACUCUACGCCGAAAUGCUGAGUACUUGAAGGAACGGAAUCAUACCCACGAUCUACCUCCAUUCCCAGAUUUUGAAGACGGUUACAAACUACCUGAACUCUCAUUUAGAUUGACUGGUUCCCAACAAACAUCUUCGAUCCUCGACACCAAAAGCAAAGAUGACGAUCAUCGCACGAUGGUCAAUGUUCGGUUUGGUGGAGUCGAUCCUGCAACCAACAUGACAACCGUCAUUGGGAAGAUCCAUCUUGAUGGCAAUGCUGGCAUCUCCAAAUACCUCGACAAGUCAACAUUGGACCCUGACGUGUCUCUGAAUUUCAGUGACCAAAGUGCCACUAUCCGUGUGGAAACUUCCAUUACUGAGGCAGCAAUUCCGACCAUUUUGGACAAGGCAGUUCACCUAAAGAACAUGAUCUCGACCGUACAGGAGAUACGUCGUCUUCCAGGAAUAACAUUGAAAAGUGUUUCCAAGUCCGGAUUUUCAGUUUACUACUACAGUGCACCAUCCAAAGAACUUUCCGUUCAAGUGUCUUUUCGAGACAGCGGCCAAGCGCCGCAGCUCAUGUUUUUCCCCCGCGAAGAAAAUCCGCAUUCUCUCCUUGCAGAGAAGUACUCAGACACACUCGUCUUUGAUCAGCAUCCGUUCGAGAUCAGAAUUCAUAAUUUUCUGACCUCACUCAUCAUGACAUAUCCGUUGGCCCUUUACCUCCAUAAUCUACAGAAGAAUUAUGGCCAAGCAGUGAAAACAGACUCCGGUCUUACAUCGACGGAGACUGGCCCACAGCUGCGAGUCCACAUCCUUGUGCGGACUGCCCAGCAUUUCGCCAUUCAAUAUUUCACAAAUAAAAAUCAUUAUUCGAAAGAUGGCGCACCUGAGAGCCAGACAAGUCUGGUAGCUCGGUUGGAGAUCCUACCACACGUCGACCACGGGUCUAAGAAGCCAAUGUGGCUAGUCCGUGCGGCAAUGGAGGAGUUCCAGGCUUACUCAAGACCGUCGUUCUCCAGCACUUCGCUCCGGCUCAAACUUCGACAGGGAGUCUUCUCGCGAACGGAAACACCCACAAAGUGGCUGACGCUGGAUACAGCAGCUGCUUGCCUGGCUGACAAUCCAGAACCCCUAUUGCAAGAGAUUCACAACCUUAUCACGAACUUCGUCAAUGAGCAGAGCACAACUCAAGUUGGGGAGGUCGCACCUGCUAAAGCAGAUGCUCAAAAGGCUUCAACUGGCGGUGUCUCGAAUGGAAACAUCAAGUCCAAGGGCCAACCUCGUGCAGCAGGGAAGAUGCAAGCGCCUGCGGCUAUUCCAAAUGGGGCCGUAAAGCCACCACCACAAAGAGUCAACAAUCCUGCAGGCCGAGCGUUUCCUGGAAAAUCUCAAAUGAAAUCGAAUGCACCAAACAAUCAGGACAACCCAAUAACACUGGACUAG